CUCCUUCCCCCUUUGGCUUCGGCGACGUCGAUCCGAAGUGAGGCGAGCUGGUUUCCCCUUGCGGAGGCCGGCCGCGUCCCCGGGCUCUCCGGCCCCGCUGAGCCCCCGCUUGAGGGCGUGUCCUCCCGGCGCCCCCCAACCUUUCGCUGCUGGCCGGGGGCGGCGAGAGGAGGAGACCGGCGUCGCGGGAGGAAGUGGAAGCGGCGGCGGCGGUGGCGAAUAGCGGGCAGGCGGAGAAGGCUUUGCAAGCAGCGAGCAGAGCAGCCGCGCACGAAGGAGGCUCCGGAGACUCGCCAGAUUCGCCCGGGGGUCUUUCCCGUCCGGCUUCGGGUUCCCGCCGCCUCGGGCCAUCGCGGCUCCUGGGAGGCGGGAGGCGGCGGCAAGCAAGCAAGCAAGCAAGCAAGCAGCAGCUAGCCUCCGCCUCCGCCUCGGCGCCUGCUCCAUUAUAAAACGGACAGGGGAGGAAAGAGAAGCCGGAGAGCCUCUUCCCGUCGCCUCGGAGCCUUCCGGGAUUCGCCUCGCCGCCGAGGGGCCUGCAGAAAAGGGUUGCACCCAACUUGCUGCUGCUGCUGGUGCUGGAUCUGAGCCCUGCAAGAAGCCCUUUGGCGGGGCGAAGUUUCCGGAUGGCUGCUGAGAGAUUUCCCUCCCUGGCCAUCCCCGCCUCCCUCUCCAGGAGUCCUGCUGCUUAAAAGGAGCGAAAUCCCAAAUAGAUGUGAAGCAGGAAGCUUAGAGACCUGCCCUCCGCUCCCCCCCCCUCCAGAGUGCCAGGCACCCGAGAAAGACUGAAUGGGCGUCCUGUAGAGACAGACACGCGCGUGCAUAUAUAGAGAUAUAUGCAGAUUUCCAAAAUAACUUGCUCCGGGGUGCAAGUGGAAGGGAAGAUGCAGACGUUUCUGAAAGGGAAAAGGGUUGGCUAUUGGCUGAGCGAGAAGAAAAUCAAGAAGCUGAAUUUCCAGGCAUUUGCAGAGCUUUGCAGGAAAAGAGGAAUAGAAGUUAUACAGCUUGACCUUACCAAACCAAUAGAAGAUCAGGGUCCAUUAGAUGUGAUCAUACACAAACUGACGGACGUCAUCAUUGAAGCAGACCAAAAUGACAGCCAAUCGCUGGAGCUGGUUCACAGGUUUCAGGAGUAUAUUGAUGCUCACCCUGAAACCAUAAUUUUGGACCCCCUUCCUGCUAUCAGGACCUUGCUGGACAGAUCGAAGUCUUAUGAGCUUAUUAGGCAAAUAGAGACCUACAUGCAAGAUGAAAGGAUCUGUUCUCCACCAUUUAUGGAGUUGACAAGUGCUUGUGGAGGUGACACAUUGCAGCAAAUAGAGAAGAAUGGAAUUGCAUUCCCAUUCAUCUGUAAGACAAGAGUGGCCCAUGGAACCAACUCACAUGAGAUGGCCAUCAUAUUCAACCAGGAAGGCCUGAAAGCUAUCCAGCCUCCGUGUGUGAUCCAAAGCUUCAUCAACCACAACGCCGUCCUAUACAAAGUCUUUGUGGUUGGAGAGUCAUACACUGUGGUGAAGAGACCGUCUGUGAAGAACUUCUCAGCAGGCAUUUCAGAUAGAGAAUCGAUAUUUUUCAACAGCCACAACGUAUCAAAGCCAGAAUCCUCUUCACUCCUAACAGCACUAGAUAAAAUAGAAGGUGUGUUUGAGAGGCCAAAUGAUGAUGUCAUUCGGGCAAUCUCGAAGACACUGAGGCAAGCCUUGGGUGUUUCUCUCUUUGGGAUUGACAUCAUCAUCAACAACCAGACUGGUCAGCAUGCUGUCAUCGAUAUAAAUGCAUUCCCAGGGGUCUCAUUUGCCCAAGGACUUCCGCUGCACAAGGGCACUUGCCUUGCCUUUCCUCUCCUCUCCCCACCCCAAAUCUGCUGUGAUGUGUUGGGGGGGGGGACCCAGAACAGAUUUGGGAGGGGAAGUUUUGUUGCACAACAGAAGUCCUUUUGUCAACAGGACGACUUAGUUGGACAUCACAUCCCGCCGGAGAUCAUCAACCAGUGCGACCAAGGCAGUUUCAGUCCCAUGAUGAGGCCUGAAUCCCGACUGGGAUCCAAGUGGUCCGCUUCUUCCAGGCGUGCCUGGAGUUGUUCAGCCACCAUUCGCUCAAUCACCUUGCCCAAGAAUGGUUAUGAGGGUGUCUCGGAGUUCUUCACAGACCUCCUGAAUCACAUAGCUACUGUCCUGCAGGGACAAUCUCCAGAGGUGUCGCAGCUAAGUCGCAGCAAGCACCUGACAGAGCAGAGCAACAGCCUAGCGGGAGAGCGGAUAUGCUGUGCUAGCACGGGCUGCCGGAGCAUGGCGGGCAAAGACUCCUGGAUUGUGGAGAGUGAGACCAACAGCUCCGUGAAGCUUCAGCACCAGAGACUAGGCUACAACUCCGCAGUGUCUCCUAGCUUCCAGCAACACUGCGUUGCUACGUUGGCAACGAAAGCUUCCUCUCAAUAACCCAAUCAGUGCCAUGGACUAAGAAAAAACUCUAUAGGCCCCAGGAUCAGAGCAGGAUGGUUGGUAAUGCAACUACAAAACGAAACAAAUGUCUCUCAGUUCGGCGUGAUUUUGGAAAUGAAAUGAAAAACAAAAUUAGUGAUCUGGGUCCACUUCAUCAGAUUCCUAUUGUAGAUUUGUAGUGAGUUCACACAUACACGUGUGUGUGUGUGUGUGUGUGUGUGUGUGUGUGUGUGUGUCUUAAACACUAGAUCUUAAUGUUGGAGGGUGGGGUCUCGGUCCCCACACUCCUUUCCUCUUUACGAUUAUUAAUGACUAGAAUUUCACAGAAUCGAUAAGGAUUAUAUUUGAAAAUUUGCACAUGCCAGUUCUUCUUCGUGACUCCUUCCCAGACCAGUCCAAAGAGUUAAGCACGAAUGUCCAUGGGUGCUUUUAAAGGAUUCGGGACUAGGGCACAACCUACAUGCCCAGAAUUAGUUUUGGUUUGGUGGACGCUAAUGUUAGGGCCAGUUCCCCCUUCUCUCAUAUGAAAAUUAUGUACUUGGCAAGUGUGAACAGUCUGUACAUUUCUUAUUGGUGUAGGUUGAUGCAACACUGCCAUUUGUUCCUUUGGCCUAUAUGAAUGUUGCUGUAUUUGGCACAGGAGUAAUCCGGGACAAUCCUUUUCAACCAGGCCUUUUAAAAUUUUCCUGCUGCUUUGCUGAUCCUGAGACUGCAAAGGGUCGGCUAGUUUUGUGACCACUACUCCCCAUGAUUCAUUUUGCUCAACAGGCAGAACUUUGUACAGAAAAACGGGGGGCAACUUUCAUUACAUUACACUACCCACCCAACCAACCCAAUCACUCUUUGUGUUUGGCUCUCUAUCUCUCUUUCUCUCCCCAUCUCCUCUUGUUCUCUCGGGAAUAGUGUCAUUAGGGCAAUGUUAUAGAAUCUAUAACUUAUUUCCCAGCCUGCUUAUACCUUAGGACCUGAUUGCAAAGCAAAAGUGCACCUUGAAACUCUUUCAGCACGCAAUUCCUUUCAGUGCACCAUCUCCUGCCAGGAAUUUUGCCCGCCUUUGUCCGGUUCCGAAUCUUAAACCAAAAUUAAUGGAGCUGGCCAGGAUGUUGAGAUGGCAUUGUUGGUGAGAUUGUGGGCUUCUUCCUUUUUGAAACAAUCACUAAGUCGUUUAAUUAAGGAAAACGCUAGUAAAGGUCUUAUAUCGGGCUUAGAUUCCAAUGGAGCGAUUGAACGUUUAUAUGGAUUGUAGCUCCGUAGGCCAGUUCACACAUGGUGAGUACACAGUAAGAGGAUAUGUGUGCAUGCAAGCCAGCCUGUGGCCCAGGCUGUACAUGUCUUCUCUCUCCCAACACACAUGGUUUUAAGGGGAACGGAGCAUGUCCAUCAUGCAUGUCUGCCAGCCGCAUCGAUUUGAUGUACUGUUAACGCUAAAAGAAUUUGAACUGGCCUUAAGGACCCCCACCCAUUAGUCCCAAGAAUGUUUGGGUAUGCAGUAAAGAAAGAGAAACAGGGAGCCAUUGAUGAAUUUUGGGGUAUGGGAAGGGCCAGAGUGGGAGAAUGAGAAUGAGCACACACAUUUGGAGACUUGACAAGUGUUUACCCUGCCCAAUCUUGGGGGUGUUUUUUUUUUUUGAGAAAGGCUUAUAAGUGUUGGUAUUAGAGGGCAGCAGGGGGUGGGUUGGGGGGGGGAGAGAAUGCUAACUUUACUUAUAUGUUUGUGUUUCAUUUUUAAACUCCGUUAUAGAACGCCACAAAAAAGUAAUCAACUUAAUUAGCCACCCCACACCCUCUGAAAGAGGCUAGCCUUUGUAAACUAUUUUCCACCAGAGAUUGCUAGUGCUUUCUGUAUGAAAUUUAGGCCACAGCAAUCCUAAAUAAUUACCUUCCUCCCAUGUCAGCCAUUGUGGAGGCAUCAAAACAAAUUGUAUGGAUUUGUGCAUGUGCAUUUUUUAAAAACAUGCAUUUGGGGUGGGAGUGAAAAGUAGGUCAAAUAUGGAUUUUCUUUCUGAUGCAGGAAGCCUUUUCAAAGUUUGUGAUGUAAAAAAAAAUGCAAACAGAAUGUAUUUCUCUAAAAUCCUUUUAAUCUUGGUGAGAAGCAUCACUGAAAGCAACUGAUUCUCCCCCUCCUCCUCUGCCUGUAAUGUUCAGUAAUACAAGGUUUAUGAUGUUAUCAUGUUGAGUGUUGCAAACCCUGUGCCACCUCAUUGGCUGCCAUUGACAUGAGUCAGGAAACCAGCAAUGUGAUGUAGUGUCAGAAACUUUGCUUUACUUACCAUUAUGGGUUGUGAACAGGAGGAAGAGCCAUGGGUUCUUGCCACAAAUGUCCUCAAGGAGCAAGCAGUCUACCAUGAUAUAUAUCGUGGUACUGUGGCAUCACUGGCUUAUGGACCGUUUUUAAUUAUUACCCCCCCACACACACACCCCUUUAAAAAAAUUGAAGCGGCAAUAUUAAAUUUGAGUUAAGGGGUGAUCAAGCUAGAAGAAGAGUCUGUUUGGUCUGCUUUAGUAAUGGGAAAACAUUUCAUAACUAACAAUGUUUACAUGAAUCUGAGUAUUGGAUCCAAUUUACAGUGUAUUUAUGCUGUUUGCUAGAUUUAAUAAUAAGCAAGGAAUUAUUUUCGCGGCUGCCUUCUAAAUUGUGGUUGGCCUAUUUUGCACUGCUUCAUUUCUCCAAAAUAAACUACUGAAAUAUAAUUGUGCAUUUUAAUAUUUGUUUACAAAUGAUUAAUUAAUAAAUUUUGUAAUUUCUUUGAAUUUCUAAUACAAAAAUGCAGUCCAAAUCUUAAGUUUCAUAGCCAAAUAGGUGACCAGCCUCCUUUCUCCCAUGGCUAUAACUGAAGUUUAUUGAAGUUUCAUAUCCUACUAAUAAUUCUGUAGCAAAAUGGUAUUAACAACUGGCUUGAUCAGCAAAUAAGUUGUGGUUCUGUUAGUAUAUUUGCCUGUCAGUAUCUUGGGUCAAACUAAGGAUGGUGGAUCAGUCCAACUCUGGUCUGUGUCAGUUCCACACAUGUUCAUUCAUGAGCCUGUUCCCAUUUCCGCAUUAAUCUGAUUUUUGUUUUAAACCACACAAGAAUUAUUUUUAAAUAUGUAUCCUAUCACAAAAUACAUAUUUGAACAUGCCUUUUACAUCAGUGUGUGUGUGCAUUUCUAAACUUACAUGAUACUAAAAUACACUUAAAAAAGCAUUUUCAUAUUUUUUUUGAGCUAAGAUCUCUUAUCUCAAAAUCUGGAGAAAUGAGAACUCCAUAGGAUAACCAGUUUGCAGUGGAUUCCGCAGAAAAUGAAUUCCUCAAGCUUCUCUGCAUAUGGCAUGAAUAAGGAAUGUGACUAAUUCACAUAAGUGCUGGGGAAGUAAGGGUGUGCUGUUGCAAAUUGCAGAGCAAUUAGCAAAUGUUAUUAAAAAUAAAGCUCCAUCAGUAUAAAAUGAACUUUUCAUCUAUGGGCCACAGGAGCAUCAAAACUCUUGAACCCAUUUUUUUUUCUUGAACCCAUAUUUGAGGUGCUUCCAGAUUUUAGUUUCCAGUGCCAGUUUUGUGUGUGUGCUUAACAGUCUGAAAGUAUGCAUGAUAUUCCUUGUCAUACAUAGGGGGGAAACAGCUGUACAUUUUUCUGUCUUAUGGAAAACACACACACCUUAUUGCGGCACCGUUUUUACUGAAUGCAUAAACAAAUGUGAGUGGGAGCUUGCUGUCAAGUGCCGUCCCAUCUAAAUGCUGGAAAAGAUUGGUAGAGGAGGCUCCCUGCUGCAAAUUUUGCUUGUGGAGUGCUCUAAACACGGCAAUUGUGAUGCUUUGGAAGGGGUAGAGUUUGGCAGCAUGCACUGAGUCACGAGUUUCUUUAUGCACGGAGAGAACUAAUGCCUGAAUUAGGGCUAUCGUCCUGCAGGUUUUCCCUUGUUCAGUUGGAACAAGGAAAAACCAGCGUUGGUUACCUAUUGGCUAGCAGCAGAGAUGUCACGGAUACACCCAAGCCCUGGAACAGUCUUGCUACUGAGUAAGGGGGGAAUUGCUUUUGUUUUGCUACUGUUCUUCAAACAUUUGUAAAUUUGGGGAAGGAGGAAGUUGCGGAUUUAUGCAUAAAUGUUGCUUUAAUUUAAAAUGAAAAGCGAUCACAGCCACCGGGGGAGAGGACCAAGGGCUAACAGCUAACUGAACUGCUGCUGCUGCUGCUGUUCAAUAGAUACAUCUUUAACAGAAGUUGCAAAGAAUUCUUGGACUGCCUGAGAAUGUUAAUGUUUGUGUGCACUUAGCAAUAUCACGCUUAAAGUAAGGCCCUGUCAGAAGGCAGUCACUGGGCUUUUUUGUAUUACAGAAACAGGUGCUUUGCCCAUCUUUGUAUGAACAGAAAGAAGACAUUCACGCCUAGUGUUUUGUGUACAUAUGGAUUGAAAGAUUUCAAAAUGCACUUGGGCAUAAAUCCACAGCCCAUUCAGCUUCAACCCCCCCCCCCAGUUCUGAAAACCCCUUCCUUCUAGAAAUAAACGUAUAUAAAACCUUGCACCAUCAGUGUGAAUGUAAUGCCAUUGCCAAGAGCACUGCCAUGUUCUCCCAGUAGUGUGCAAAAUAAGUCAAGAGUAAAUAAUUUCUCAGAAUCUGCUGUAACGUUAUAGCCUAUUUAUGUAAAUUAUUCAUGGCACUGAACUGUACUUUAAAGAAAUCAACCAUUGGAGUUACAUGGGACUACAUUAUCCAUAUACCUGAUUUAUUAUUAUUGUCGUGGCUGACUUAAAACUACAAGAGUUUACCCCUCUGUUAUCCACACACACACCCAUCGCACCCUGGUUGAUACUGAUUUCAAAAGCGUUCUUGUGUGAUUGCAAAAUGUUGUCAAGUGGUGGUGGAUGCUGGCCAUUUAAUCAAUAAAAACGGUGUCUGUCAUCUGUCUUGGUUGGUUUAAUCAUGAGUUUUAGUUCAUUGGUUCUUAUUUACAUCUUAGGUAAUUUGCAGAUUUUUUAAAAAGCAAUCAUUCAAAAGUAGAGUGUGGUGCUGAUAAUUCCAAGGUAAUGGGUUUGAUACCCAUAUGGGUGCAUUUUCCCAUAUUGCAGGCGUUUGGGCUACUAGAUGAUAUGUGGAGUCCUUUCCAUGAUUCUAUCAUUCUACCUAUCCAAAAAGCUUUAUUUUUAAUUAAUCAUGCAUAUGUGCAUCGCAUCAGUUUAGACGAGACAUUCCUAAUUUCUUAAGAGAAGGAAUUUAUUAAUACUAUGCUUUCAAUCUGCAAUUUUAACUACUUGUAUUAAAAAUCUUGGGGGUAUCUUCUUAGUCUAGCAAAAUGUUAUUUCAUUUGGCAGGUAAAUAAUUAUAAUUUAACCUUAAAUUAAUCUUAAAUUAUAAUUUAACCUUGCAGCUCUAAUAUUAAAACUCAGCUUUUUUGAGGAGCCCUCCCUUUUUAAAGAAACUAUAAUUUCUACAUAACAACCUGUAGCACGACUUGAGCACUGCUUUUUCAAAGCAGCUGAGCCUUUUCUUGCUGCUUUACUUAGCCCCUGUGAUCAAAUGCCCAAGUUUGACCAACAAUUUCUGUUCUUAGUAACAUCCAUAUGAACUUUCCUUCUUUCACUCAGGGCUUGUGUCCCAUACCUAGAGAGCAUGGAUCUAAGAAGUUUCCCACUCGCCCAGCCCUUUCUAGGCAUAGGUCUGAACAGUUUCCCCCCUUGCCCCGCUCCUUUCUCAGGGAAAACCUGGUGCUAAAUCAGAGCAAAUGUCAAUCUGGAGAAGAAAGACCAAAAUUGCCAUUUGCUCCGACUGAGCGCUAAAGAGCAGUUUUCCCUGGGGGAGAGCAGCAAACGUGUCAUGCGCUAAAACUCUUCUGGACUGGACUGCUUCAUGCAGCAGGUUUGUAGGUACAUAGAAAGCUAGAAUAUAUGGGGGCUGCCUAGGUGAAAAUCCCUUUCGCUGCCACCUCCCUGCCUGACUGGAAGCGUUCUGUUUUUUAUAUGGCGGAGCACUCAGUGAAGCAAACUCACCUGCCACCUAAAUUGGAACAGUCCGGGAACAAUAACGUCGUUUUGUGGCACCUCAAACACUACUAAAUAUAUAGGCUGCAAGUUUUCUUAGGCUAGAGCCUGUGUUUGCCAGAAAAAUCAGAGUGUUCCCCCUGCCCCCCUUGGAUCUGCUGUUUUUUGUACACUGGGCUUAAUUGACUUAUGGAUGACUUGAAAAUCAAACUCUUGAGUGUUUAUUAAUUCAGUUUAAUUCCUGCCUUUAAAAAAAAAAGGUGGCAAAAAGGCUUGUCAUAAUUUCUAAUGCGCAAAGCUAGUGAGAUUUCUGUGUGUUGGUGUGUGUGGUGGGGAGAGGAAUCGCGUCUCCCUUUUUAGCAUUUCACGUUUCUCUUCCCCUGCUUGCACAGUACCUUCCUGAUACAACAUUUCAGGGUGUGAAGAGAUUUGUGUAGUAUCUGAACAUUGCAAAUAUGUAAGUAUAAAAUAGUGACUUCUAUAUUUGAGGCUGUAUAUGAAUGAUAAGAGGUCUUCAUCUCUUUUGUAAAGAAAAGAAAAGUCUGCUGUAAAAAUAAAAAUUAUACUAGAUGUAUUUUUUAAAUUAUUUAUUUCUUUAGAGCCCUGCCUUCAUAAGUGUUUAUAAACGUGGCUCUAGUGCACCCUUUCGAGUGAGAUCCCCAAUAAAUGCCCCAUUAAACUGGACUAAUCUUUGCCA